AUGCAGAUUUCACACAUUUUUAUUUUAUUUCUACCGGCGCUCUUGAAUGGUUAGUAUAUUUUUCAAAAUUAGAUGAAAUUUAUUAGAAAUAUUUAUUAAGCUCAAUUUCUUGAAAUCGGAUCUGAACACAUCGAAGUAUCAAACAAUGCUGAAGAAGGUGAUCUGAUUCUCACUGUUUCUCCGAUUCGAGCACUUCAGGUAAUUAAUAAUUUAAUAAUUAUCCGAAGAUUAACAAUUAUCCACUAACUUUUAAUGACCUAGUUUUCCGGUGUUCCAAAGUGAUUAAUGACCAAGUUAUGUAAUUGAAAUGAUAAGAAGAGAUGACAGAUGUGAAAUUUCUGUUUUUUACAGAAUCUUGAUGAAUCGGUACACAUUCAAAUCGAAGGAAAUCCAUCGGCUUUAGCUGUAAAUUCAUCUAUCAUAGAUUCAGAUCAAACUAUACAAUUUUUGUUGGUCAACAAAAACGCAUUUGUAAAUGGUGUGAAUCAAGUCAAACUUCAAGCAUUGGGUGUUAUUUCUGGAAAAGUUCAAGAAGUUGAUCUAACAAUUCAUAAGUCUGGUGUUUCUUCAAAAUUCCCAACUUUCCUAGAGCCACCAAGAUUAUUGUUGAAAAAUGAAUUUGAAACUGGUGAGACUGCAAUCGUGAAGGUUUCCAGUGACAUCCCAGUUGAAAGCCAAAUAAAUCUUUAUGGAAAAUAUUCUGACCGAAUAAGAGCAAGCUACGAAGGAGAUAGUGUUAUUUUAGAAACUAUUCCAUGUGGUAUGUUCUGAAAUUAUUUCAGCCGAGUUGUUUUAAUAUCAACUAGUUAUUCCAGAAGUCUGUGUGAUUGAUUUUCCAUUCGACUUAUUAGUGGUGAUUAGAAACCAAGACCAACAUUCGGAGCAUCUCGUGUCAUUCGACGAAGAGAAGGUAAAUUUUAAAAAAUUGCAUUAAUACGUCUGAAAUUUCAGAAAAGUUCACUACGAAUGACACAAAAAGUCUAUAGAACAUCAAUUGAAGAACAUAGUGGAGAACAAGAGAAUCUUCUCAAAGUAACAGCAAUCGGAAACAAUUCUGCAAUAGUUUAUUCGCUUCGAGACUCCACUGGACUUUUUUCGAUUCAUCCGAAAGAAGGACUUCUCUCAAUUAUGGUAAUAUCUUUCCAUGAAUUUGUAUAAUUCUAUUUAUACAUAAUAUUUCAGCAUCCGGAAUUCUUAUCGAUUUCUUCAUUUGGAGAAACAAUCGAAUUGGUUGCUAUUGCGACAGACGGUGAAAUUACAACAAAUUCGAAAAUUAUUCUGAAAAUUGUAUCUAAAAUUGAUAAGGAUGUGUUGUUCGGAUUUGAAAAUGAAAUUUACGAGAUUUCAUCAUCAGUAAAUUCAAAAAUCAUUGGAAAUAUCAAAGCAAGAUCUACUAACAAGUUAGACUAUCAUGUUACAGAAGGACGUGAAGAUUUAUAUAAAAUUGAUUCUGAUGGAAAUAUUUUAUAUAUUGGUGAUGUUCUUCGAGAUGAUAGAAAUGAUUUGAUAUGUGUAACAGUUCAAGAGGCCAGCGGAGGAUUGAAAAUGUCAUCAACAUAUGUUAGAAUAGAAUUGAAAGGGAUUGGAAGUUUCCCGAUUAAUGUGAAUAAAGCAGAGUUGGAUGGUAUUGAAAGUAUUUCGGCGGAAGAUGAAGAAGGAGUUGUUGUUAGUUCGAUUCAAUUUAAUGAUGACGACAAAGAUGCUGAUUUGUCGUUUGGUUUAAAAACAGUUCAAGUUGUCGAUCAAUUCGGGAAUAACAUCGAUGAAGGUAAAUAACAAUCCAAAGUCUCAUCAGUUUUUUUUCUUUUCAGACCCUUCAAAAUAUUUUGCUAUAAAAUCUGGUGAUGACAAACAGGCUCAUCUGAUAGUUUCCAAAUCUUUAUCUGAAUCAAAUUUUACUUCUGUGAAAUUUGAGAUUGUUGGAAGAGAUCGAACUCAUCCAAUGGAACCUUCUGUAUCAGGUUCGUUGUAGUUUCAAAAAUAUUCACAUUCUCAUAUUUCAGCUUAUCGUACGAUUGUUAUCGAAAGACACAUGGUAACAGAACUUCCAAAAUCUCUCAAUCUCUUAUCGAUCCCCAAAAACAUCAGUGUUCCAAAUACUGUGCCGAUCGGAUCUUUUAUCUAUCAAGCAAUUGUUCUUCCAGAAUAUAAAGAUGCAGAGUUCAGAAUCGAACCGGAACAUAUUUUCCAAAUUUCAAAGAAUGGAACUAUCACAACUCGAAAACUUAUAAACGAUGAACCAACAAACAUACCAUUCCGAGUAACAGUUUCUGGCGGUGAUUUAGAAAAAGUUGAAGAAAGUAAUUUGAAGGUUGAAAGAGGUGAACUUGCUCCAGAACAUUUUACUGAACAAGAGUAUUCCAUGAAUAUACCACGUGUUGCCCCAAUCGACACAGUAGUUGCUAUUGUUACAACAUCUGGUCCCAACAAAGAAGGGCCUUUUAUACUUCGUGGAAGCCAUUCUCAUUUUUUCAAUAUUGAUGAUGAAGGAACAAUAAAGACCAAAGAAGAUUUCAGUUCAUCUGUUCUUUCCGAUUUUGAUUUUUUGGUUGCUGCUGCCAAAGAUCCAUCAAUAAAUGCUCCAGUUCAUGUACAUCUUGAGAAUAUUCGAACUUCGAAAAUUCUUCUUGCUGAAAAUCAAUUAUUUGCUUCAGUUUACGACAACAUUCCGAAAAAUUCAUUUGUUGCAAAAAUUGAAAGUGAAGAAAAAUUGGAAUACAAGCUGACAUCGGAAAAUCCAAAGAUUGAGAAACUUUUCAAUAUUGACAGUGACGGAACAAUUCGCAAUAUCGAAUACCUUACUGAUUUUGUGGGAAUGUACACUUUGUUGGUUCAAGCCAGCUCGAUUGAUAGAGCUGGAGUUCGAUCAACGAAUGCGACUGUUGUUAUUGAUGUUUUGAAAUCUAAUGAAUGUGUGCCAAUUUUCAAAGAGAGCACUAUCUAUUAUGCAAGAGAAACGUUGCCAAUUGAUACUUUGAUUGGAAAAGUUGAGGCAGUUGAUAUUGAUAAAAGUUGUGAACUUGAGUAUGAAGUAAUCGAAGAGGACAGUCCUAUAACUGUAGAUCCAGUAAAUGGUGAAAUCAGAACGAAAAAAGAGUUCGACUACGAGAAAACUAAAACUUAUAUGAUAACUUUGAAAUUAACUGCUGGUCGCAAUAAUCAAGCUGUACAAAAAACGGAGCUUAGAAUAAUUGACGAAAAUGAUCAUAAAGUCCAAUUCGAUCAGAAAAUAUAUACGGUCGAAGUUUCCGAAGAUAUUGCACCAUCUUCUACAGUAUUCACAGCAAAAGCUACGGACAAAGAUAAUGAUGGAAAAAUAUUUUAUCAUUUGAUUGAUCCUUCACCUCCUCAAUUCUCACUUCACUCUACGAAGGGUGAAGUUCGUGUUGAACAAAAUUUGGAUUAUGAAAAUGAAAAAGAAUAUAUUAUUGAAAUUGGAGCAUCGAACAGUGAGAAUUCGCAUGAAUAUUUGGAUAAAAUGACUCUAGUAAUAAAAGUUAAUGAUGUGUAAGUAAAAAAAAACACUGGCCAAUACUAUUUUCGGUUUUCAGAAACGAUAAUGGACCCACAUUCUCACGGGACCAUUUUAAUACAGUCACUGAUAAAGAUACUGUUGUUGGUUCAAAAAUAUUGAAUAUCCAAGCACACGACCCAGACUCGAGUGACAAAGGAAAGAAACUCGAAUAUGCUAUUACUUCUCAAAGUUUUGACUAUCGCGGAAUGAGCAGAAAUGUUGAUGAUGUGUUUGAUAUUCAUCAAUUUGAAGGAUAUGUUCAUUCUAUGAAAUCAUUGAGGUUCAGUUUUUUCAAAAAUCAAUUCUGAACAUGCUGUAAUUAUAAUUUUUCAGAGAUUAUGUUGGUGGGGUUUUCAAUCUUGCUCUAAGCGUACGCGAUGUUGUUGAUGGAACAACUGGAAAAACACAUUUGAAAAUUUAUGUGAACGAUAAGAGCGAUUUAUUGAAUAUUGAGCUACCGUACAAACCUAACGAAGUAACUCCACAGAUUGUAGAUUCUUUCAUAUCACAACUCUCAAACUCUACAAACCUCGUAGGAGUUCCACAUCGUAUCACAUACAAAUCAGCCCAUGGUAUUACUUCUACAAAUGCUGUCGAUCUUCAGAUUGUAUGUUUCAAUUUCUACAACGUUAUAUCUCAAUUCCAGUAUUUUUCAGAUAUUUUUCAAUGAAACAUCUACCGAAAUCAUACCCGCUGAGAGAAUUCUUGCGAUUACGGAAAAGAUGAGAGGACUACCAGAAAUUCGAAAGUAUCAACAAAAUGCAAUAUCACUUUCGAAACCGAAACCCGCACCAAUGAUUCAACCAGAAUUACUUCUUAUUGCUGUAGUAUUCCUGGUUCUUUUGGCAAUAACUAUUGUUUUGUGUGGAUUAUUGAUGUGUUAUCAUCGUAACAAAUUUCAAAGGCAGAAGAAAAUUGUGGAAAAUGAUAGAGCAAUAAAAAAUGCUAUCAAUUUUCCAGCGACUAGAAGCCCAGCAUUGAUAUCAUUCAAACAUUAUCCUUCUCCUGCUCCCGAUAUGCCUCGGCCAAUUCCAAAUGGCGAACAACAUGCAUACAUCAAAUCACCAAAAUUAAAUGAAAAUGUUGCUUCGUAUGCAAUCCAACAAGCAACAAUUACGGUGGCCGAAAACGAAGAAAAAAUUUAA